CUACCACAUCGCGACAGAAUAAGUUAGUAAACUUGCGGGUAUGUAACCAAUUUAUGACAACAAGUAUACGGUUUUGAGCACAGAAAACAAAUAUAAGCAAUUAAACAGGAAAGAUUUCAAUUUAUGAUCUAAAAUAAGUCAAUUGUUUUAGUAGAGGUGCUAAUAAAAGACACCGAUUGUUAGAAUUAUUCUAAUGCGUGGUUUUCAACAGUAUGUAAAGUAAAAAAUAAUCUCAAGACUAUAUGGGUUGGCAUCUUCUUGAAACUUUACUUCAACAAGUUGGAGAACAUUCUACUCUUGUUGGAAAAUUAUGGGUGACAGCAACAUUUGUAUUUCGAUUCAUUGUUGUGGCAAGUGUUGGCGAUGCAGUUUAUUCAGAUGAGCAAUCGGAUUUCACGUGUAACACAGCUCAGCCAGGUUGUGAAAACGUUUGUUUCAACCUUUUCAGUCCAAUAAGUCACCUGAGAUUCUGGGCAGCUCAAAUUAUAGCAGUGUGUACUCCAUCUAUUGUAUUUGUCGUAUUUGCCGCUCACAUGUUGCUGAAAAUUCCCCAAGAAGAAUCACAGGACUUCCCGGAAGAUGGUGAUCUUCCGCCAUUGGAAGACGAGUUAAUUCCACCACCAGUGUCUCAACCUAGCAGCCCAAGAAAAGGAAAAGGCGGUAAAGGGGGAAGCUCCUUUCGAUCACAAAAACCACCCCCGAAGGCGCAGCCAGUCGUAGGAAUGGUUCGAGGAUUCGCUAAUCCACCUGACGAAGCGACAGAUGCUGUCGAAGAUAUCAGAGAGGGUGGGGCAGAAGAAGAAGAGGAAAAUGAUGGAGAUGAAACAGAAGACGUUUUCGACGAUGACAAAAAUUUGGAAGACAUAAACCGCGAGUUGGCGCUUCUGGAUAAACUUGGUCCGCCGCCACAAUCUGUUGCUGAAAAGAAAGAAAAACGAAUAAAGAAAGAAAUUCAAACUGUUUACGUUAUAGCGCUCUUGCUAAAAACAGGAUUCGAAGCUGUAUUUCUAUGGUUGCAAUUUGCAUUGUAUGGAUUUGUCGUUCCCGAAAGGUUUCAAUGUAUGAGAUCUCCUUGCCCAAAUUUGGUCGACUGUUAUGUUUCUCGGCCGAAAGAAAAAACCAUAUUUUUAUGGUUUAUGUUUAUUGUGUCUGCGAUAUGCCUGGCUCUCAAUUUAGUUGAAAUCAAAUAUCUCGGAAUCAAACGAUUAAAGAAAGUUCUUUGUCGAGGAGUUCUGGACGACGGCGAUGGUGAAAAAUCGGACAAAUUGGAUGAUGAAAAAUGUCCCAGUAUUGAUAUGGACAGCAAAGCAUCCAAGGGAAGUUAUUUUCGUGUGAAUGGAAAAGUCGACCCUACCGCCCCACCAGCAACAGAUGAGGGCGAUUUGUACAACGUUAUAUCGUGCUCGGAUAAAGAGACAAAAGACGAUUCGAUCGGAUUUGGAGCGAUUGGGAGUCCGCCAUCCUAUCCGAUUCCAGGUUACCCAUAUGUGCAUCGAUACGGUAUGAUACUAAAUGCUACUCCACCCCCACGUAGGAGUGACACACCCCACGAACCGCAGGAAUCAUAUUUAUGAUAAAUGUCAGUACCAACACCGCUGAGAUUUUAACAUGUGCUAAUCACAUUUCUGCGUUAAUACUUUUAUUUUCAUAACGCCGAGAUUUUUUUAAAUUUAUGAAAGAAUUUACAACCGUAUUGAGAAUCUGCGAAGGUUAAAAACUGAUAAAAUGAACAAUUGUACAACAUCUAGCACGAUGGAUGCUGAUAUCGUUAUAAAAUAUUGUUUUUAAUGAUAUUUCAAGCUGAUUUAACCAUGAAUGUUUAGUAGUCUGAUAGAGGGUAUGAGCUUACAUGUCAAUGUACCAAUAUACUUUGCCUAAUACACUUUGAUUGCUAAUUUACUUGACGUACACUUUUCUCAUGCCCAGUCAUAAAUAUCACUGUAUCACAGAAUUUAUAGAACUUAACAUACAUGAAAAGAAUUUCUUAGUAAGCUGUUGCUGAAUACAAUUUUUCAUUUCUUUCAUUUACCAAUUUAUUGUCAAGAGUUAUUUAUUACUUAUUUUACGAUCGAUAUUUUACGAUCGAACUGAUAUCAAUGAAAUUUUGUCAAUAAUAUACAUUCAUGAGACUUCGUGCAUGGAAUUUUUUCAGAUAAUAUAUACACUAAAUAGUAUUCAAGCUAUUACUCCAGAUUAAGUACUGGAAUAUAUAACACUCGAAACAACUGCGCGACCUUAUUUCCACGAUAUAACAGUGGAUGGAAAGCUUCCGCUAUGAAUGUUAUCAUAAAAUUAAACCGAUACUGUAUAAUAAGCAUUAAAUAAAUUUAAUAUGUUGACGACAACAAAAGGAUAGGAUAAUUACAUUAGGGUUGACCAAUCUACCUUCGACCGAGAUCAACUGAUAUCUUAAUACCUCACGAUGGACUGAUAUAAUUAGUAAAGUCACUCAAAAUGGAUGAAUACUAAAUUUUCAACCCAACAUCAAAGAUUAAUUCCCAAAACGCCAGAAACUAAAGAAGUAGCCAAUAUAUGGUAAUAUGGAAAUUUUUAGUGAUUCUCUCUCUCCGACUGAAUUUAAAUUAGAUUCUGAAUCAGAGUUGCCCAAUGU